AUGACCUUCGAUGCAGAAGACAUCGAGGAGGAUAUGGAAGAUCACAACGACCCCUUGGUCCUUACCUUACCAGUGGAAGGACGCAACAUCAAUAAGAUCCUCAUUGAUGGAGGGAGUUCAGUUAAUGUUCUAUUAUACGACACAUUCAAGCGAAUGGAUCUUAACGACGAACAACUGAUGUCUUCGUAUUAUACCAUCUACGGGUUCAAUGGGGCACCUACCAAGCCGUUAGGAUACAUUGUUUUGCAAGUAGACGCAGGACCAAUGAAAGUUGAUACUCGAUUCAGUGUAGUGGACGCUCCUUCCCUCUAUAACGCCAUCAUUGGCCGAAGAUGGGUGCACAAGCUCAAAGGAGGGGCAGCGACCUAUCACCAGUACCUUAGAUUUCUGACACCCGAAGGGGUAAUGGAAAUAAAUGGAGAUCAGGUCACCGAUCGGGAAUGCCAGGCUCUACAAAAUCAACUCAAUAAUGAACAAGAUGAGCAACGUAAAUCCCGAAGAGCCCGAAACAAAGAGGUUGCGAAGGAGAAGGCAAUUGAUCUUUAUCUCGAAGAAAUUUCUGAAAAGAGUCUGACAAAGGAGAGCAUCGUUCUAAACGCUCAGGCAAGUACUUCGACAGCAAAGGAGGCUGAAGAGUCUACCAAAUAA